UGAAAAGUAACUGUACGUACGGAUCAUAUAUAGAGGAGUCUUAUAUAUAGGAGAAGUAGAAAUUAGAAUUAGAAUUAGGAGAAUUUAGUCAAUGGGAAACUGUGAAAGGAUUAAUAAUGGAGGAGUGAGGCAAUAUACAAGAUCAAAAGUUCCUCGUUUGAAAUGGACUCCUUAUCUUCAUCAAUGUUUUCUUCAUGCUAUUCAAAAACUUGGAGGCCAACACAAAGCAACUCCUAAGCUUGUACUUCAGAUGAUGGAUGUGAGAGGGCUUACAAUAUCUCAUGUCAAAAGUCAUCUUCAGAUGUAUAGAAGCAUGAGGAGUGAUGUUAACUGGCAAGCAGGAGAAAAUAGUGGAACUCAAUCAAGAAAACAGUCUCCAAAAGAUGUGUGUGUUGAACAAGAAAAUGUUUUGGCUUAUCAUUCAUCUAGUAGCCCCUCCAUGGAAAGAUCAGAAUCUACAUUCUUGUACAACCCUCUAACCACAAAAAGAGCUCGAAUGGAGACCAGUAAUUGUAGAUCAGAGAGCCUGCAAUGCUGCUGCAGCCAAAGAAAACGUGAAGCAGUGGGAAAUAAUUUGUAUUGUAGUGAUCAUGAUUAUAUGCAGACUAUUAAUGUCAAUAUUGACAAAAGUGGGGUAAAAGAGAUGACCAAAGAUGAAGGAGACACUGUUCUUUUCAGAUGGCAUCAGACUUGUGAUAUACAAACAAAAGCAGUUCAAACUCCUAAUUUUCUUGGCAAUGCUGUUCAACAAUCUGAAAAUUUUAAGUUGUCCAUGCAACAGGAUGACAACUGGAAAUCAUCAGAGAAGUGUAAAUUUGAGAGCUUAAGGAAGAUAAAGAAUGGAGAAGAAGAAGAUAGUUAUGGAUUGGCUUUGUCUCUCUCAUUGCACCAUCCUAAUAAUUCUACUCCAAGAAUUGACACUUCAGCUUCUACAAAUGAGGCAAUCUCUUCAUACUCAGAAAAGCAUAGUGUCAAUCUUGACCUAUCUAUUGCCUUGUGUAGCAAGUGAAUGUUAAUUCGUAGGGUGAAUUUUGUAGAUUUCACUGUUGGGGUACUUUAGAAAAAAGUUAGUACUUUCUUUAA